CCGUCCCCCGCGCAGGCCCCGCCCGGAAGCGUCGGUAGAGCGGCCCCGCAUGGAGCUCGAGCCCCCCUCCUCGGAUGCUACCUCGGCGCCCGCCGCGCUCUUCGCCUGGGGUGCAAAUAGCUAUGGGCAACUUGGCCUUGGCCAUAAGGAAGACGUGUUUUUGCCCCAACAACUGAAUGACUUCUGUAAACCUGUGUGUGUCAGGAGGAUCGUGGGAGGAGGGGGCCACUCUGCUGUUGUCACAGAUGGAGGAAGCCUUUUUGUUUGUGGCCUGAACAAAGACGGGCAGUUGGGGCUUGGUCACGCAGAGGAUGUCCUGUAUUUUACACCCUGCAAAUCCCUCAUUGGCUGUCCCAUUCAACAGGUGGCCUGUGGCUGGGACUUCACCAUUAUUCUCACAGAAAAUGGUCAGGUUCUAUCGUGUGGAUCCAAUUCCUUUGGCCAGUUAGGAGUUCUUCAUGGGCCUGGAAAAUGUGUGGUUCCCCAGGCCAUUGAGCUCCUGAAAGAGGAGGUUGUUAGUAUUGCUGCUGGACUGAGGCAUGCGUUAGCUGCUACAGCAAGUGGCAUCGUGUUCCAGUGGGGAACUGGUUUGGCAUCAUCUGGACGGCGGUUGUGCCCUGGGCAGACCCUCCCACUGUUUUUGACAGCAAAGGAACCGAGCAGAGUGCCAGGCCUAGAGAAUUCUAAAGCAAUUUGUGUUGUUGCUGGGUCAGAUCACUCAGCUUCAUUGGCAGAUUCAGGAGAGCUGUAUGUUUGGGGAAGCAACAAGCACGGGCAACUGGCUUCCCAGGCUGCUUUCCUUCCUGUGCCCCAGAAAAUAGAAGCACAUUGUUUUCAGAAUGAAAAGGUCACUGCUGUGUGGAGUGGGUGGACACACCUGGUUGCUCAGACAGAAACUGGCAAGGUGUUUACCUGGGGCCGAGCAGACUAUGGUCAACUAGGGAGGAAGUUGGAGUCUGAGGAAGGCUGGAGACCAGAAAAGCAGGGUUCGCCCCUCCCCUGCUCGAGACCAUGGGAGAGCACGCCUUCGUCUCUGCACGGCUUAACUGGAGCAACUGAGAUCUCCUGUGGCUCGGAACAUAAUCUGGCAGUGAUUGGCGGGGCGGUCUACACCUGGGGCUGGAACGAGCACGGCAUGUGCGGGGACGGCAGCGAAGCCAAUGUCCAAGCCCCGAAGCCUGUGCAGGCUCUGCAGUCGUCACCAGGACUCCUUGUGGGCUGUGGGGCUGGACACUCCCUGGCCCUCUGCCAGCUGCCAGCCCUCCCUUCCCCAGAUGCCAGUGAGGACUCCAAAUCUCAGGAAGCCACGGACAGCAACUGGAAGGAAAGACAACCAGGACCAUCUACCCAAAGCCAACCUGACAGGUGCAGAGAUGGGGGGCUUGUGACCCUUUAAUAAAGUGUCUGUCCCCACUCAGA